CCCCCUUAAAUCUUGGAUACCACUACAAACAUUCAUAUCGGACUACUCUCGCAGUCUGCUAUCGUUGAGUAGCAGACAAGAAGACCCAUAAUGGCUCGUGUUUUAGUUACGUGUUUAUUAAUUGUGUCAUCAGCGCAUGUGGCGGAAUCAUCCGGAGUGUUUGAGUUGAAAGUGCACUCUUUCACAAGUGCAAACAGUGUAUGUAAACGGUCCAGGGACUGCCAAAUAUUUUUCCGUGUUUGCCUGAAUCACCCACAAGACAUACUACCAGAGCCGCAGUGCCAUUACGGCACUGGAAAGACAGGACUGUUCAACGCAGACUCCGUCUCCAGAAGUGCACAUAUCCGUUUGCCUUAUAAUUUCAAGUGGCCGGCAAUCGUCUCGUUGAUAAUCGAAGCAUGGAACGCAGAGUCCUCUGACCAGUCAACAAAAAACAUCAACAACAUGAUCAGCCGUUUGACCACCAAAAGAAGACUCGCCAUCAGCGAGGACUGGUCCCAGGACGUGCAUGUCGCAGAGCAAAGCCAGCUGCGCUUUUCUUAUCGUGUUGUGUGCGAUGAAUUCUACCAUGGCGAGGAAUGCUCGGUUUUCUGCCGCCCACGGAACGACGCAUUCGGCCACUUCAACUGCGACCCCGAUGGUAACAGAAUUUGCCUGCCUGGAUGGAAAGGCGACUAUUGCGUGAAACCCAUCUGCUUGUCUGGCUGUAUCGAGGAGCACGCUUCUUGUGAGGCCCCUGGUGAGUGCAAAUGCCGCCUCGGGUGGCAGGGCCCCCUCUGUGACGAGUGCCAGCGAUACCCGGGGUGCCUGCAUGGCACCUGCAACCAGCCCUUUCAGUGCACUUGCAAGGAAGGCUGGGGUGGUCUGUUCUGCAAUGAGGAUCUGAAUUUUUGCACCAAUCACAAGCCUUGCAUGAACGACGCCACCUGUACCAACACCGGCCAGGGCAGCUACACCUGCAUCUGCAAGCCUGGCUUCAGUGGCGAAAACUGCGAGUUUGAGACCAACGAGUGUGACAGCAACCCAUGCAAGAACGGAGGCAGUUGCAAUGAUCUGGUCAAUGAUUACACCUGCACGUGCCCUCAAGGAUUCUAUGGGAAAAUCUGUGAGGUCAGCGAUAUGACCUGUGCCGACGGGCCCUGCUUCAAUGGAGGGACCUGCACGGAGAAGGGAUCUUCUGGCUACUCCUGCCUCUGCCUUCCUGGUUACUUGGGCUCCAACUGUGAGAAGAAAAUCGACCGAUGCAGCAGCGACCCCUGUGCUAAUGGUGGCCAGUGUCAUGAUACGGGAAACAGACUGAUAUGCCGAUGCCGCCCCGGCUUCUCAGGCUUGCGUUGCGAAAUCAACAUUGACGACUGCGCAAACAACCCUUGCCAAAAUGCUGGCACCUGCGUGGAUGGAAUCAACGGCUAUACCUGCACAUGCACGCUUGGUUUCUCAGGGAAAAACUGUGCUGUGCGCUCUGACGACUGCAGCCUCAUGCCUUGCGAGAAUGGAGGGACCUGCUACACCCAUUUAUCUGGGCCCUUCUGCCAGUGUCCACCAGGCUUCAUGGGCACACUUUGCGAGGAUAAAGACAAGCCUGCCGUGGCCAGCUCUCCACUUCCAGCAGCCUUGGUGGUCUCAUUCAUUCUAGGCCUCAUCACUCUUACCCUAGUGGUCUCUGCCGCCGUUGUGAUCCUGAGACAGAUGCGACGAGGCCAAAAAAUGAUCUCCACCACCGUGUGCAAUGACUUGGAGUCCAUCAACAACAGAGUCCCUUUGACCCCGGCUUCAACUUUAGGCCGUGAAAAGGAGGCCUUGCUCAUUCCUGGUGGUCCGCCAUUUAAGGUGUCCAAUAAAGAUGUGGCUCUCAGAUCCACAACCGUAGACAGUCAUUGCAAUGAAAAAUCGAAUUACAAGCAGAAGAUGGUGGACUACAAUAUGAGCAUUGAUGAAAAACCCACAAACAGCAAACUAGACAUGAAAAACUCUGAAUCUACAUUGCUGGUUCCACCACUGAACUAUCCAAAAGAGGGAGUUUAUCACCCUGUGUACAUCAUUCCUGAUCACAUAGAGCAAUGUGUAUUUGCUACUGAGGUUUAACAGUAUUCUUCAAUCUGGAGCACCUCAAUCACCAGUGGGCCUGACCCGAAAAUGUUUACAGUCUUAAAGGACAAAAGGAAGGCGUUAAGAGAGCAUAUAUUAUAUCUACAUUAUAUUAUAUUAUUUAUUUAUUCAUGCUGCUGAGUAAAAGGACUACUUCUUGUUAUGGACAAUGAUUCUGCGACGACAAAGCAAUAGACUUGAAGACUUGAGGAACAACUUGCAUUAUUUGCACAAUAUCUUUUCCUUUUUUUUUUUUUUUAAAUGACCCGAAUACAAUUUAUAUAUAUAUUUCAUUAUAUUUAAAAUGUACAUAAAGACCAAGAACUCUCUGGAAGAGCUGGGCAGAAUCAAGGAUUUGUUCAUCACAGAAGCUUUGAAAAGGAAGAAAACAGGCAUCCUGAAGUUCAUCUCACUCUGUGAAUCACAUGAAGCCCAAUCAAUGAGCUUUAUGAGUUGAGGAGGUGCAACAGAAGGAUCUGGAACUGUGACCAUGGAGUAUUUAACAUUUUUUUUGGAUAUGGUUCGAAAUGCUAUUUAUAGACGGAUCUGUGAUGAGAAGCAAUCAAAGUUAUUGAGAUAAGCUGUUUUGGCUGUGAAAAAUGUCUUCAGAAUCUGCAGUUAAAUAUGACUGUGAUUUUUCUUAGUGCCUACAAUGGAUUUGACUAUCAGUGACGUGGACUCAAACCAAACUCAAUCUUAAUCAAGUGCCUCAUCUUUUAAUGUGUUAUUGCUCAACGAAAAAAGGUACUCCUUAGAAACACUGAAAAAAAAAACCUUGUAUUUUUUCCGACAGAAAAUGUUUGGGUUGACUUUGAUACAAAUCGUUUGACCAACAGUGCAUGAUGGAUGCUGUUGCAUACAGCUUUCAUCCUGUCAACAUUCACUUCUGCUAAGCUAUUUCUGACAUUCCCAAGGCUCAAAAGUACCAGUUGGUUCAAACUGAAAGCCUCAUCAUUGUCAAGAUUUCCUGGUUUCGAGAAUCUCUGCAUUAGGGUUUUU